CUGAGUAUCCAUUCUGGCGAGAAACCGUAUUCCUGCGAACAUUGCUCAAAAGCAUUUUCGAAAGCUUCGUAUUUAAAGAAACAUCUGAGAGUACAUGCUGGGGAAAAACCGUAUUCUUGUGAACAUUGUUCAAAGGCAUUUUCCGAUGCUUCAUAUUUAAAGAAACAUCUUAGAUACCAUACUGGCGAGAAACCGUAUUCUUGUGAACAUUGCUCAAAGGCAUUUUCCAACGGUGCGUAUUUAAAGAAACAUCUGAAUAUCCAUACUGGCGAGAAACCGUAUUCCUGUAAACAUUGCUCAAAAGCAUAUUCCGAUGCUUCAUAUUUAAAGAAACAUUUGUUACAUCAUACUGGCGAGAAACCAUAUUCUUGUGAACAUUGCUCAAAAACAUUUUCCGAUGCUUUAUAUUUAAAGAAACAUUUAAGACACCAUACUGGCGAGAAACCGUAUUCUUGUGAACAUUGCUCAAAAGCAUUUUACGACUCUUCAGAUUUGAAGAGACAUCUUCGAGUUCAUAGUGGGGAGAAACCGUACUCCUGUGAGCAGUGUUCAAAAGCAUUUGCCAACGCUUCGACAUUAGUGAAACAUCGGAGAAUUCAUACUGGCACGAAACCAUAUUCCUGUGAACAUUGUUCAAAGACAUUUGCCGACCCAUCAUAUCUAAAUAAGCAUCUGAAAAUACAUACUCGCAAAAAACCGUAG